CUGAGUUCGACGGAAGCUUGAGAAGGGUAGAGAGACGACGACGAAGAUGAAGAUGGCUAUGGCGGCUAGUUCAUCAUGCCGGCGACUUGGCCAACGGCUGGAGCUCGUUUCUGUCAUCGUCGCUGUUACCUUCUUUUUGUGCGGUGGACCUCGCGCGGCGAUAGCGCAGGGAGGCAAGGACGCCAACGUGUUCAGAAUCCUUCAGAACGAGGCCCAGUUUUCCAUGUUCUACAAGGCGCUGCUAGAUACCACGGAGAUCUGGAACGUGGAGGGUCGCACGCAGAUCAACGGCUCCCAGCUACUCCUCUUCGCUCCCACCAACGCAGCGCUGACCGCCGCUCUCCCUGGUGGUGUACUGCAGUGUCUUCAGAGCGAAGGAGGCAAGCCGGUCUUCGUCGACUUCUUGAUGUAUCUUCAGGUCGACGUUCCCAUCUCACCGAGGGUGGAAUCCGUGCAAGAUCUGCUGAACGUGAGCAGAGAAGGCAAGCUGUGGACUGUGAAUGGCAAGGCCAUCUCCGUCAGUCAGGUGGGCGGCUCGAUCACUCUCACGGGAGAUGACGGCCAAGAGACGCUGACCAUCGCGAAGGCUAGAGUCACAGACCCGACAGUGACACUCAUUGCACUGGAGGAGAGCGUCCUCGUCGACGGGGAAACUGGGGACAAGAUCUUGGACACGUGUUUUGCCGACGAGGUGUUGAAGCCAUCCACCGCGCCGCCACCCUCCAGCCGUGCCCUGCCAUCGUCGGCGCGAUCUUCCGCACACGCUUCCGCCUCCUCGCGCGCCGCGCCGGCGAGUGGUGCCGCACAAGCUUCCGCUUCCAAACGCUCGAGGAUGUUGCUGUACUAAAAAAUACAUCGUCCGUCGUGGUGACGCUUCAUGCACUCACAUUCUUUUUUCGAUGUUUUCUUUUUUAACGCACACACAUUCCUCGGAAUCGUAGGACUACGAUUUGCUUUUACUUCUGGUUUGAUUAGCGUUUCCGCACUUCACUUAAUGUUUCCACAUUUCGCCUGCCAUCUGGCGAAAAAUAAAGCGUAUGUAUUCGGUCAGGUAUUUAGAAUGUAUACGCAUGCACACACUUGCUUUACACAAGCACGGAGCUUUUCCGCCUCCUCCKCGGCCGAGUGCGGGACGCUUUUUUUUUUUUUUGAGGGUACUAAAUAAAAAGCCCACAGCUCU